AUGCUUUCGUCCGUGGCUUGGGUCGCGCGCGGAAUUGCAGCGAGACAUCCGUCGAGGCUUGAGUUGGACGACGCAGAAUUAGAGCGUGUGAGCAAAUUGGCCAAUGUUGAGCUUCAGGAUGCGGAGCAGCAGUUGCGUGUGGCAGAAAACGCCGAUGUGGACGGCUGGGAAGACGUCGACGACGGCGCAGAGAUGGAGGAGGACGAAAACACCAACGACCCCGACGAUCUGAGUCGGUAUAAACUGGACGAGUACGAUAACAAGCCUAGUCAGACGAUUGCUAUGGGUGCGCUGAGCAAUAUCCGCGGUGUGCAGGCGUUCCGGAAUAACGACGACGAUCCAUACAUUACGCUGAAAAACGAUCCUGCCGACGAGGAAGAGGAGCGCGAGCAGCUCGAGGUGCUGCCCGGAGACAACAUGCUCCUUGCGGCCAAGACAGAUGACGAUCUAUCGAUGGUCGAGGCGUAUAUAUACAAUGCGCAGGACGAAAACCUCUAUGUCCACCACGAUCUGCUGCUUCCUGCCUUCCCUUUGCACCUAGAGUGGCUAGACUACGCACCCGCCCCGAUUCUGGAUGGCAGCCACCAGAGCCCUGCGGGCACGAUGGGCAACUACGUCGCAGUCGCCACGAUGGACCCCGAGAUCGAGAUCUGGAACAUGGACGCAAUCGAGGGCAUGUACCCCGACGCGAUCCUUGGGCGCAAGGACCUUACUGCCGCACUGAACGCGCCAUCUGGUACUGGGAAGAAGAAGCGCCGCGUGCCCAAGGAGCGCGUCCCCAAUCCGCACUACCACGUUGAUGCCGUCCUGUCCCUCUCCUGGAACAGGCGUGUGCGGAACAUGCUUGCAUCUGGCUCUGCAGACACUACGGUAAAGAUUUGGGAUCUGUCGCGGCCUUCUGCCGGCAAUAGUUCCAGUGCGCUGCGCAGCUUUGAUGCGCAUACGGACAAGGUGCAGAGUGUCGCGUGGCAGGUGAGUGGCCCGGGGAUGGCGCAAGGGGCAGAGAACCCAGCCGUGCUCUUGAGCGCGGGCUACGACAAGACCGUGCGUGUAUUUGACACGCGCAUGCCGGAGCAGGCGCUUGUUGCUGCGAUUGCUGCCGAUGUCGAGGCGGUGCGGUGGAAUGGAUGGAAAGACCAUGCUUUCCUUGUGGCGCUCGAGACGGGAAUUGUGCAGGGCUUUGACGCACGCCAGCUGGGGCCGACACUGACGGGCGACACUGCACAGUUUACGCUCGUCGCACACGAUGGUGCAUGCACAGCUCUCGAUAUCUCGCCGCAUAUACCAGGCUGUCUUCUUACGGGAGGCACAGACCGCCAAGUGAAGCUGUGGAGUGUAGAGGAUGGCGAUGGCGGCAAGCCACGAAGCGUCAAUCUUGUAACAGCACGCGACUUGGACGUCGGCAAGGUGUUUACCGCGAGCUUCUCGCCGAACGAUCCGCUGACGGUUGUUGCGGCAGGCUCCGUCGGCAAGCUGCAGGUGUGGAACACGUUGUCGAAUCCAGGUAUGCGGCGUACGUUUGGCGAUCGCCUGCGUCGUUUGGACGAGCACGCACCGCGUCAUCCCGCGCGAGUAGAGCCUGUCGAGGUAGACGCUGUGCAGGACCGUCCUGGUAUAGUCGGUCUCGAGGAGGAUGCUGAAACGGACGAGGACGAGGACGAAGACAUGAAUUAG